AUGGGUGGUCUCAAUCUAGAAGUCUUCAAGUUCGGCGUGUACGUCAUGUUCCCGAUUGGCAUCAUGUACUACUUCGGCACCAACCUCGACAAUCGCUUCUCCGUGCACAACUUUUGGCCGAGGCCGGAAGAGUGCAACAAGGUACCUCGGGAUAGAGACGAAGUCAAGGCAGAAUACGACCGCAUCGUUGCGAGACAAAAGUUGCACCAGAUGCGCCUACGCGAGGAGGAGCGGCAGCGACCCCAGAUGCAGGAAUCGCCAGCCAACAAGACCGAGUCCUAA